GAACCGAAAAAAAAACAUUUUCAGUUUACCGCACAAUCAUUGCCUAGAGCAAGGAGCUCCCCGCUUGACUUCACUCAGCAUUGAGUUGCUGGUUCGCGAGAGCUUAAUUUGACUCUUUUUGGGGGUAAUGCGUCGUUCUCGCGGGAAUUUCCAAUCUGCUGAUGAAGACCCCACCAGAGGUUUGCCUCUACUCCUUCUCCGCUGCAAAUUUAUCUGGGAAAUUGCUUCCCCUUUCCUGCCUGCUUCAAUUUUUGUACUCAAAGGUUUGAGCUUUGCUUCGGGGUUCAACCCUGGUGCCAACAAUCAUACAGAAAAUGUUUGGCCUUUGCUUUCGUUCUGAUUCGGUGUGGAAAUGCAAUUGUAGCUUCAAAUGAUUUAGUUGGAAGGAGUAGGGAAUUCGUGAAAUGGGUUUGUGUGUAAUUGUGGAAGUUGAAGCUGAUGUAAUGAACUUGCUUGACUAUUGUUGCAAUGUAACUGCACCUACCUUGCUUCUAUGUUGAACUUGUUAGACUUGGCUUUCGUUUGCUCAACUGUGAAUUUGUGAUGUAUUAAGGGUCUCCAUUUGGUUUUCUGUUCUUCCCCUUUAUUCAUUAUGGGAAAAUAUGUGGUCUUUUACCUUAAUGCGUCGCCUCUUGAGUUUUCAUCUUAGCUUGCCCCAUACGAAAAUUCUUAUCUUUCAAUUGCAAACUAAUGUCCAGAUGGUCAUAUCGAAAGCUUGUUUCCUGUCCAACCAUUCAGCUGAAAGUGUUUCCUAGAAUCCCAUCUAUAAUCCUUCCCCCGCCAACCUCCCAUCGUUAUUUCUCCAAUUCUCAGUUGGAGCUCAAGGGCUCAAAUGAGGAAAAUGAAUGGGAAAGAUUGCUUAAACCAUUUGACCUCAAAGAGCUUCGAAGGACACUCAGUCAUAGAAUCACCCCUUUUCAGCUCUGCAAGCUGCUUCAUUUGCCUCUCGAUGUCUCCAUUUCCAUGGAGCUUUUCAACCGGGUGGGUGCUCAGAAGGGCUACAUGCACACAUUCGAUGUAUACUAUGCUUUAAUUGAUAAGCUUGGUGGUUCGAAUGACUUCAAAUCUAUAGACAAGUUGUUGGUCCAGAUGAAGGAGGAAGGGAUUGUCUUCAAGGAGUCUUUGUGCAAAUGUGAGAAUAUGUCUGAAGCUAUGCAAAUUUUUGGUGAAAUGUCGAGCAAAGGAUGCAAGCCUGACAUAUUUACAUUCAACACUCUAAUCCUUGGUCUUUGCAAGGCCAAUAUUAUGGAGGAUUCCAUGAGACUCUUUCAUGAUAUGGUGUUAGAAGGUGUGAUUGCAGAUAGUGUUACUUACAAUACUCUAAUUCACGCUUUCCUAAGGCGAAAUGAUAUCCAGGAAGCGAUCAAGCUUAUGAACGACAUGGUUUUUCGAGGGUGCGCUUUGAAUGAGACAACUUACAAUGGUUUAAUACGUGCACUAUGUACAGCUAGGGCGGUGGAGAAAGGGUUAGGCUUGUUUGAUGAAAUGAUCAGGAAGGGUUUGGUUCCCAGUAAUAUUUCAGUUAACAUAGUGAUCAAUGGCCUGUGCAGAGCUGGUCAGAUGAACAAUGCGAUGGAGCUUUUGCGAGACAUGAUUCAUCGAGGUAUCGAACCUGACAUCGUCACCUAUAACAGCCUGAUUAACGGUUUCUGCAAGAUGGGAUGUGUCGACGAGGCAUUGAAUAUUUUCCACAAACUGGUGGUUGAAGGCAUACAACCCGAUGCUGUGACUUAUAACACUUUGAUUUGCUGGCACUGCCGAAAAGGAAUGGUCGAUGAUGCUUAUUCACUUCUGGAUAGAGGUGUCAAGAAUAAGUUUAUACCAAAUCAAGUGACAUGGAACAUCUUAGUCCAUAAUAUUGUUAAGGAUGAAUCAUUCAUGGAUCGUGAUGCACCUUGAUUGCAUUGGGCUUGUAUAAACAAUGGUGAUAGUCUUCGGCUGCUGUAGAUGAAGAAAUGCAAUGCAGAAUGUUUCGGUGCACUUCUUGAUAGUCAUUGUCCUUCUGUUAUUCUUAGUUGCUAGUGGAAACAGGAUAAUAGCAGUAAUUUCGGUUAGGAAAGUAGCAGAAACUGGGGAGAGGCUUUUCACAAAUUCCAGCAGCUUUUGCUCUAACGACCUAGCUUACUGAGGGCAGGUUUGAACUUUGAUGUGAUCAUAUUUAAGCUAUCCUGAAACCCCUUUUUGAUGCUUUAUAGUAUCAGAGUUAUCGAUCUAGAACAUCCCUUUGUUUUGUGCAUAUGUAGGGUUCCCAUUUUUCAAAUCAAAGAGUUAAAACUUG